AAACAAGUCAUUUUACCCACAAUAAUUAUCUAUCUUGUAAUGUGCAUGUGAAUUUGUGCAUAUAAAUUUAAAAAAUUCACUAAAGAUUCAUUAUCGUCGAAUAUAAACGCACAAAAUUUGUCGAUAUUACCAAAGUAUAUAAAACAAAGUUGAAAGUUUAAUCAAAUGGAAGUAAAACAAGAAGUUAGUGAGGGACUUUGUAAACAAGAAAUACAUAUAGAUAAUAAUGAUCUGUGUGAUGUUCCUUUGGACACCUGCAAAAUUGAAAUUAAACAGGAACCUAAAAGAGAAAAUAUGUAUGAUGUUUCCUUCGAUUAUUUAGACCUAAAGGAAUGCCCUAUAAAGACGGAAAUUGAAGAUGAGUUUAAACUUCCACCAGACAAAGAAAAACAAACAAAUAUAAAAGAAUACUACCUGCUUUCAAGAAAAGUGCAAAAUAUAGCUGAUUUGGAUGAUGACUUGUUUAUAAAUGAAAUUAAAUCACAGAAAUGUAUAUGGAAUUAUCGAUGUGAAACAUACAGUGAUAGAAUUGUUAAAAAUUGUGCUUGGACUGCUAUCUGUGAGAAGUUUGUGAUGGAUUUUGAUGCCAAAACUGUAAAGGAAAAACUCGAAAUUGUAAAAGCUCUACAGAAAAAAUGGAAGGUUUUAAGAGACGGUUUCAAUCGGUAUGUAAGCAAAGCAAAAAAAAUACAAAGUGGCUCAGGCGCACAUAAAAUACGCCAAUAUGUACACUAUCAACAACUGUCAUUUUUACUAGCAUUGUCAAAUGAUAAAGCAGAUACUAUUAAUAGUUUAGAAGGAGAGAUUGAAACUGAUAAUGUACUAACAGCCAAUUCUGAAGAGUCGACAUUACAACGAGGCCGAAAGCGAAGCAGUGCGACGAAAGAAGAUAAUUUAAUAGACCAAUUGACAGAAAAUUUAAAUAGGAAAUGCAAAGAAAAUAUGUCAACGAGAGAAGUAGAUGAUGAUGAUAAAUUAUUUCUCUUAGCAUUACAUGGUGAUUUUAAGAAGAUUUCAGAUGAUUACAAAUUAGAUGCUAAAACAGAAAUACUAUCGGUUUUAAAAAAAUACAAAGAAUUAUCAUCUGACAAGAAUUCACACCCUAACCAGUCCAUGCAUGCGUCACACUAAAGGAAUUUCAACCAUCAAUCAUUGUCACAGUACUCGCAGUUCAACUAUGGUGAUCUCAAUAGUGGCUACAAUACUGGUCUUAGUACUUCCGGCUACAGUACUUCUGGGUACAGUACUGGACGUACUUGUACUAUUAUGAAUAUAAAAUAUACCAAUCUGCCUCUCCGAGCUACGGGAACUGUGGAGACUAGCCUGUUGUCUCUUAGAUCUGUCGAUAGUGAGAUGUCCCAGUUAUCAAUACAUAGUUCAAAUGUUACGAUGUGCAAUUGUGUGUAAUAAAAAAAUUGUAAAAACGUGUUGUUUUCUUACUUUAACGUUAUUGCAAUCCUUUCUUC